AAGAGGAAGAAGACAACAAACAAAUCCACAAAGAUGGCACGCAGCAAAUCGAAGGUCACGAAGAUCACGAAGACAAAGGUCACGAAGGCCAAAAAGACAAACACGCCCACCGCACAAUCACAGGGGAACAAGGGCACCAAAGUCGCCCUAGUAGCACGCGGAUGGACCGACAUCCCCCGGCCAGACGAAGAGGGAGACUGGGAAGCCGCGCUCGAAGCAUGCAAGCAGCCGCGCAAAGAAAGAAACAGACUCGCGCCGUACUUCUUCAGCUGCAGAGGCGUGCUCUACAGCAACGUGAUCAGGCCGAUGCUGAACUGGAGGGACGAAGCUGGACGACUUAAGAUCACGAAGGAGCAGGCUAAAGGCAUCUGGAGUACAUCCAGGGGGAAAUACGAGGCGUUUGUCGCCGAUGACACGGGUGUUGGCUUGGUGGCGAAAAAGCGGGGGAAUGAAGGUCGGUCAACCGUGCAGACGGCGCAAAAGCCCGUUCGCAAGAGUGAUGGACGUUUCGAAUCAUGGCCACAGGCGAAAGAAGGUCGGCAAGCAAAAGCUACGAAUCUGGUGCCUCAGCGCAAAACAGAAUGAUGCCGCUGAGUCUUGCCACUGACGAAUCUCGCUUGCUUGAAGGUGGAAAGGGUGCAGACGAUGGAAGCAGCAGAAUGACAAAGGGUCGGCGCGGAUGAAAACUUUAGCAGACGCAACGCAUCACUGGAG